AUGCUGGAUGACAUGUUAUCUGCAGACGAGAAUGAUCUGAUUGAGUACCCUAUUUUCUCACGUUAUCUUUAUCUUCCUCUUCCUCAACGAUCUUCUUGGCGCGAACGCUAUGAUAUCGUAGCAGUUAGCGAUGGACUAGUGUUGUAUGGACGAAUUGUGUUUAUGGAGAAUAGCAUCAAUCACAUGACAGAUUAUCACUUGGGGACAUUGAAGAACUAUAAAGUGGUGCGAUUUGGUUGUCAAUUAUGGGAGUGGCAUAACCUCGAGUUUGAGAUAUUCUGUUCUGAAACUGGGAGCUGGAGGAGAGUUGUUGUGCACAGUGACCAAGCAAUUCAGAUUGCCUGGCUGAGGAUGCCUUUUUCCUUCAGUGGAAUGUUGCAUUGGAUUGACCGUUGGCUUGGGAUUGUGGCAUGUGAUCCUUGCAGGGAUUCCAAUCAGUGCCGCAUCAUUGGACUUCCAUCUGACAUUGACAAGCAAUGUAACGACUACAAAAACAAUGGAUUGUAUAGCCUGUGUAAUGUGCAUCAGGGUCGAUUGAGGUACUUUGAGGUGUCUCUAGCACCCUCGGAUCCCUUUGGAUUUUCAGGUUUCUCUCUAUGGGUUCUUGAUGAUUAUGACUCUGCUACUUGGUCUUUGCUGCACAGAACUAAGGUUACUGAUAUCUUCUUUGAUGAUAUCUUAACUAGCCAGGGGUUAACUGGAUCAUGUCCUGCUCCUCUUGCCUUCCAUCCAUUUGAUGGCAACAUUGUUUGCCUGAGCUUAGGGGCCUAUAUUGUCACAUACAAUGUCAAGACUUUAAAAUUGGAGGCUCAUGGUAAUCCAGUCGCUACUGAAUACUUUUACGAAUCAACAGGAUGGUUGUCCUGGUAUGCACAAGUACCUCCGAGGUUAGCAUUCUUGUACGUGCUUCCUCCAUGGCCAGUUUCUAUCCCAAAAUAUCUGUCCAUGGGAAAGAAGGAGGAUGGUGUUUAG